AAUACUAUUAAAGAGUUCUACUUGUGUUCAUCAAUCAGGCGACGUGGUUUUAACGGGAGAAUUUUAGAUUGUCCUUCUAUUAAUUUUAAUACUAUAGUGUCUUUAUUCGAUAAUGCCCUUGGAGAUGAUGCUGAAUAAUCAAAUGAACCGCCGAAGAUCCGUAAAUAGGGAGGAAGCUAAACCUUCAACAUUAGGAAAGGAAAAUGGCAUCAAACGUCGCAGCUUUACUCUCAUACCUUCAGCAACGCAGAUUAAAUCAGAGAAAACUAUGGAGGAGAUCGAACGAAUAAUAAAUGAUAGAAUGGAAAAUUUAAAGGCUCAGCUUCAUCUUGAUAUUAUUGAAUCAACAUCUCCCGAAAGAAAAAUAAAACCUACGGCCAAUCAGGAAAUGCUGGAAUCCCUCGACAAUCUCUUUGCAAAAAUUGAUGAGGAAGAGAAAAAGGAGCUUCCACGAAGUGUUCAUAUGCUCAAUGUUCCGAAUCCGAAAAAAGUAUUUGCCUCAGGCAGUGGGCUAGCCAGCGGAAUAAUAGGUGAAAGGAAUAGGUUCCAGGUACACACAAGUGAAUUUUCUGGCAAUGGGUGGUUAUCAGUGGGAAUACAAGGGCCCAAACGCCAUAGUGUUCAAGAAUCAAUAAUAACCUACACAGGAGAUGGAAUUUACGAGAUAAGCUAUGUUGUCAAUCAUCCUGGCCUAUACAAUAUUAGUGUAAAAUGGGCACAACAUGAUAUAAGCAAUGGACCGUUCUUAUGUGAAAUCCUAUUGGAAUAG